CUGUACGACGAAGAACAGAAAUCCAAAGUUAUGACCGGAAGUUAGAUUUUCCAACAAAACCUCAAGCUGGUAACGAAGCCUCGUUCUUCACAGAUAACGCUGGCAAGUUUCUCUCUGGAGUCUUCUAGUAAGAAACGACAUGAAAAAACAAGACGCGGAAGAGUCUCCCGGCAGUCCUGCUGGUGAGGAUUCCCCACCUACAGGUGAAGUCUCCGAGGCGGCUCCACCUGCGGCUCACGCGACUGCAGACGGCCCGGACAGCAACGGCCCCGACCGGGCCGAAUCACGAAGCCCACGCGCAAAAACCCCUCCACAAACCAAAGAGGGUGGCAGUGCAGUUGCAGAGUCUCAGUGUGACAUGGCGGAGGAGCUGAGCCGGCAGCUGGAGGACAUCCUGAGCACCUACUGCCGGGAAAGCCUCCAGGACGACGCUGGUGCCUUGCUCAACGGCCAGUCACACAGCCCGGUGCUCAACGGGUUGACUGGAGAGAAGGAAGACUACAAAUCCGAGGAGGGCAAAGUCAACGGUGCAGAGAAGGAGCAGCCGAAGAAGACUCAGGAGAAGAAGAAAGUGAAGGGUCUCGGCAAAGAGAUCACGCUCCUCAUGCAGACUCUGAACACUCUGAGCACGCCUGAGGAAAAACUGGCAGGCCUCUGCAAAAAGUAUGCCGACCUGGUGGAAGAGCAUCGUACCACCCAGAAACAGAUGAGGGUGCUGCAGAAGAAGCAGAGCCAGCUGGUGCAGGAGAAGGACAACCUGAGGAAUGAGCACAGCAAGGCCAUCCUGGCCCGCAGCAAGCUGGAGAGCCUCUGCAGAGAACUGCAGAGACACAACCGCACGCUCAAGGAGGAAGGGAUCCAGAGGACCCGACUGGAGGAGGAGAAGAGGAAGGAGGUGACGUCCCACUUCCAGGCGACGCUGAACGACAUCCAGGCUCAGAUGGAGCAGCACAACGAGAGGAACGCCAGCCUGCGGCAGGAGAACGCCGAGCUGGCCGAGAAACUCAAGAAGCUCUAUGAGCAGUACAAGCUGCGGGAGGAGCACAUAGACAAAGUGGUGAAGCACAAAGACCUGCAGCAGCAGCUGGUGGACGCCAAGCUGCACCAGGCGCAGGAGAUGCUGAAGGAGUCGGAAGAACACCACGACCGGGAGAAAGACUUUCUGCUGAAGGAAGCCGUGGAAUCUCAGAGGAUAUGCGAGUUGAUGAAGCAGCAAGAGGUUCACCUCAAACAGCAGCUGUCGCUGUACACGGAGAAGUUUGAGGAGUUCCAGACCACGCUGUCUAAGAGCAACGAAGUCUUCACCACCUUUAAGCAAGAGAUGGAAAAGAUGACUAAAAAGAUCAAGAAGCUGGAGAAGGAGACGGCGAUGUACCGCUCCAGGUGGGAGAGCAGCAACAAGGCUCUGCUGGAGAUGGCUGAGGAGAAAGCCGUGCGGGACCGGGACUUCGAGGCGCUUCAGGGUAAGGUCCAGCGGCUCGACAAGCUGCGGCGGGCGCUCAAAGUGGAACGAAACGAGCUGAAGAAGAAGGUCCAGAACCUGAACGGGGACAGCGGCGCCGGAGGGGCCCCCGCCUCCGACCCCGGGACCGACUCACCUUCCCCCCCUCCCACAGACUCUCUGCCGGAGCCCAGCAGCUGUCCCGUCGCAGACUCCACUUCCUGUCACUGCGGCCCGCGGCCGGACACGGAAGCCCCGCAGGAAGAGGUGGGGCCCCCACCGCCUGUUCCUGCGCUGGAAUGAAGCAGGGGCCACCCGCCGCUUCCUCCUUUCCCCCCUCCACAUUCAAACCACCAGCCUGCAAGCUGCGGCUCCUCUCCUGGAAUGACAACAGUCAGCUUCUAGCAGCGCGGUUAGCUCGUGUCUUUCCACUCUGAUGCGUCGACUCUCCAGACUCAGCAGUUCCUCUGAGAGGAUUGACAGUAGAAACUCGUGAUUCACUUCAAGCUUUAGGAAGUGAACAUGUGCAGCUGGUGUUAAUAUGCCGACUAGAGCAGGGCUUAAGGAGCUGUUUGGGUCAAACUGGUUGUUGGAGAGAAGAGGUUGUUAGCCUGUGUGGAAUGUGUUCAGGGUUUUGUCUUAGUGAUGGUGUAUGGAAAGGGUUACAUGAUUAAAGACACCACAUUGACUUACUUUUUAUUUGUGGGUCACAACAUCUCUAACCUGGAACAUGCUGAAGAUUCUAUAGAAUUAAUAAGGGAAAUUUCAUGGGUUCUUUUUCUUUCUGGGCACUUACAUUUUUACUUUUCUUUCUGGGAAGCUCUGGAUGCUGCAUUCUGUUGCUGUUUUUUUU